GAUGACCAGAGACUGCGGACACAGUACAGGGAUGACCAGAGACUGCGGACACAGUACAGGGAUGACCAGAGACUGCGGACACAGUACAGGAGAUGACCAGAGACUGCGGACAUGGUACAGGAGAUGACCAGAGACUGCGGACACGGUACAGGGAUGACCAGAGACUGCGGACACAGUACAGGAAUGACCAGAGACUGCAGACAGUACAGGGAUGACCAGAGACUGCAGACACAGUACAGGAGAUGACCAGAGACUGCGGACACAGUACAGGAGAUGACCAGAGACUGCAGACACAGUACAGGAGAUGACCAGAGACUGCGGACAG